AAUCUUCUAAAGGUACGGUUGAGUUUCUUCGCCUGCCUGGAUGACAGCUGGUCUCUUUUCACACAUUUGCAGCGUGGUACUGGUUUGGUAACAGACCUCAGCGUCUCCCCAUUGAUGAUGGCCAUGCUGAAGUCUUGCGGACGCAUUUCAAGUGUGGGGCUUUAUUCCCCCCCCUUCGGAGGGUCCCCUCUACGUGCCAGCACUUGGUGGUCUGGGGUGCAGAUGGGUCCCCCUGACCCAAUCCUGGGCGUCACAGAAGCUUUCAAGCGGGAUACAAACCCCAAGAAGAUGAACCUUGGUGUGGGGGCUUAUCGAGAUGACCAGGGCAAACCCUACAUCCUCAGCUGCGUCCGCAAGGCAGAGGCUCAGAUUGCAGCAAAGCAGCUAGACAAAGAGUAUCUCCCCAUUGGAGGUCUUGGAGACUUCAGCAAAGCCUGCGCAGAGCUGGCUUUGGGUCCUGAUAGCGAGGUGCUCAAGAGUGGCAGGAGCGUUACUGUCCAAAGCAUUUCCGGAACUGGGUCACUGAGAGUUGGGGCCAACUUUCUGUCCCGCUUCCACACUGCGACCAGUGAUGUUUACCUGCCCAAGCCCUCCUGGGGGAACCACACCCCCAUAUUUAGAGACGCAGGCUUUCAGCUGAAGGCAUACAGUUACUAUGAUCCAAAAACGUGUGGUUUUGACUUUAAGGGAGCCCUCGAUGACAUUCUGAAAAUCCCACAGAAAAGCAUCAUGGUGCUGCAUGCCUGUGCCCACAAUCCCACAGGGGUGGACCCCCGACCCGAGCAGUGGAAGGAGAUUGCUGCUCUGGUGAAGCAAAGGAACCUGCUGGUCUUUUUCGACAUGGCGUACCAGGGCUUUGCCAGUGGGGACACUGACCACGACGCCUGGGCCGUGCGCUACUUCAUCGGGCAAGGACACAACAUCCUACUGGCGCAGUCCUUUGCCAAGAACAUGGGCCUGUACGGAGAGCGUGUGGGCGGCCUCACUGUGGUGUGCAGGGAUGCUGAGGAGACCAGGCGUGUGGAGUCGCAGCUGAAGAUCCUAAUCCGGCCCAUCUACUCGAACCCGCCCAUGAACGGGGCCCGCAUCGCUGCCACCAUUCUCAACACUCCUGAGCUACGCAAGGAGUGGCUGGUGGAGGUGCAUAGUAUGGCCAACCGCAUCAUCCAGAUGAGGGAGCAGCUGGUAGCUAACCUGAGAAAGGAGGGCUCCACCCGAAACUGGCAGCACGUCACCGACCAGAUUGGCAUGUUCUGCUUCACGGGCCUCAAGCCGAAGCAGGUGGAGCGGCUGACUAAGGAAUUCUCCAUUUACAUGACGAAGGACGGUCGCAUCUCCAUGGCAGGUGUCACCUCAGACAACAUUGGCUACCUGGCACAUGCGAUCCAUGCUGUGACCAAAUGAACCGUAAAUCGUUACGGUUUCCUGUACCCAUAAUGCAAAGGAACGAUGACAUCACUGCCGCCAACCUUUUCGGAAAGCGUCUCUCAUGGAACGUAGACCUUACUGUAACUGUAACGUCCUGGCAUCAGGAUAUUUUUGCCCAUCGUUUGUUUCACUUUUUAAUAUUUUUAAUUUUAGUUAAUAAUGAUUGGUGCAUUCAGCCAAUGAAUAUAAAUGUAGCUCUUUGCAUUUCCUGCAAGAUUAUUAGAAAUGAAUUAGAGAAGGUUAAACCAGAACAACUCUGUGGACCUGAGUUACGAAAUAUGGACAGUGGCAGGUAUAACGUUACAUUUUUCUUGAUUUAAGGCUACUUUGCUUAUCAUUAAAAAGCAUUUAAAAUUUUAUUCUCAAAGCAAUAAAAUAUUUAACCACAGUAUAAUUUACAAAUAACUUUAACCACAGCCAUCUACGUUUCCUUUCCUGGGCAAAUAAACUUCUCUUUAUUGAGCUUUUAACUGUAACAUACAGAUCCCAGAACCGCUGCUUGGAAGUGCUGUAGAACAGGCCAUAGUGUGUGCUCAAGCAUUAAUUAUUUCUAAUUAAGAAUUGCAAUGCAAUCACUGCUUAGGAUGUAAUGUUUGUGUGUGUCAAAAAUAUUUCAUUUGCACGAGCGGUGUCUGUCAGUGGCAGAAAGCCAUUGUAUCGACAGUAAGCCUAGAUGGUUCAUCUCAUGCCGUCUGUAUGUCAUAUUUAUCUCUAAUAAAAUUAUUUAUAAUCAUUAA